UCAGUUUGUUAUUACACAUCACUUAAGUUAUAUAGUGCGAUUAUUUAAAAGUGUUAUGAUAUUUUAAAAUUAAUUAUUAUGGAUAUUAAGAGUUUCUUAUUGUGGUUCGUGAUUGGCAUUGCUUGGUGUGCAGCGGUGGAAAAUACUCCAUUAGUAGCAAUCACAGAAAAUGAUGAACCAAAUACUCUGAGUAUCGAUUUAGAACCAGAUAUGAGUGAACUUGAUACAGCAGAAUCUGCCCAGUAUGGUUUUUAUCGAGGCGGUUACUACGGAGGAAGAAGAUACUACGGUGGAAGAGGUUAUUGGGGCGGAGGUUGGGGCGGCCGAGGAUACUAUGGAGGUAGAGGGUACUAUGGCGGUUAUAGACGUGGAUGGUACGGAUAA